AUGAUUUUGAAGAUGAAAAACCUGAGAAAAAAACUAGGCCCAAAUUGCCAUCUAGAAAAACGAGAGAAAAAGAACAUGUCCCUCAGGCACUUCGUAAAAAUUCCAAUGAAAAAAGACCAAAAUCCAAAGUCAAGGAGGAAAUGAAUAGAGGUAUAGAAAGCCAAGGCUUCCUUCCAAAAGCAGGGAAAUGCAGUGGUUUGCAGAGCACUCCCUUAAAGAAAAAAAAAGAUGCAAAAAAAGAAUUAAUUAUUACAAAGAGAGAAGAUGAGGAUGAGGAAAGUGAGGAAGAAUGGGAAGAUGUGGAAGAACUUUGUGAACCUGAGAUUGAGAUGCUGAAAGAACUUAAGGCACCAAAGCUGCCCAACACAACUGUUGAGAUAGAAAUUGAAACACCUGAACAAGCAAAGAAGAGAGAGAGAAGAGAGAAACGGCAAGCUGAGUUUGAGACGUAUCUUCGUCGAAUGAUGAAACGCUUCAGCAAAGAAGUCCGCGAAGAUACCCAUAAGGUUCACUUACUGUGCCUGUUGGCCAACGGUUUCCACAGGAACAGGAUCUGCCUUCAGCCAGAUCUUCAAGCGAUUGGGCUUUCUAUCAUUCCCAUUCGCUUCACCAAAGACUCUGUAGAUCGCAUCAACCGUCUGUUUCUGUCAAAUCUUGUGAAUUGGUUUUCUGCAACUUUCACUAUUAACGAUCAGCUCUCCGAUAGUGAAGAUUGGCGGGUUACUCUAGAGAGGCGCUUUGCUGUCUAUGCUGCACGAGAUGAGGCGGAACUGGUGCAGAUAUUUUUACUUAUUCUUCGAGCACUUCAUCUAUUCUGCCGACUUGUAUUGUCUUUACAACCCAUUCCGCUGAAAGAGCCAUCAGGGAAGGGAAAAUCCUCCAAGAAAAGCUCUGUUUUGGUAGCUUCUGGGACGUUGCCCGAUUCUGCCAAAAGCUCAAGAAAAUGCACAAGAGCAGAUACUGCUAAGAAGCCAAGCGUCUCUAGGGCCAAAAAGCUAAGGAAGAAAUCUUCAUCACAGGAAGAUGUUCAGAAAGAUAUAAAAUCUGAGAACGAUAAGAAGAGUUUGAGGGCGGAAGAAGGGCUGGGUAGGCCUAAAAAUAACCGACGGCGGCAAGUGGCAUCAAAAGUGUCAUAUAAAGAAGAGAGUGGAGACAGUGAGAAUAAUGAUUCUGAAUUCUGUCCGUCAGAGGAAAAUGAUGACGGUAGCAUAUCUGAUGAGGACUUUGAAAUUCCUAGAAAAAAAAUGAAGUCACCACUAGGAACCCCUAAAACAACGCUAGGAACCCUGAAAACAAAAGCAAUUGUUAACAGGCAACGAUCAGUGCCUUCUCUGUCGAAACGACAGAAGGACUCAGAGAUCAUUGGUAAUUCGGUAGACAAAACAGUCAGUCCAUGUUCUUCAGUCCCACCCAAGAAGAAAAACAAAAUAAUUUCUAGCGAUGAAGAAGAAGAGCAGAGGUCAGUUGUAUUGAAAGGCACAGACCAGUGGGUAGAGGUUUUUCUUGAGCGAGAAGAUCGAUGGGUAUGUGUGGACUGUAUGCAUGGCAAUGUUGGACAUCCUCUGGAAUGUUUCAAGUAUGCCUCAAAGCCAGUGUGCUACAUCAUUGGCAUUGACGAUAAUGGAUUUGUAAAGGAUAUAACACAGAGAUACGACCCAGCAUGGAUGACUGCAACAAGGAAGUGUCGUGUGGAUGCCCAGUGGUGGGAAGAUACCUUAGAGCCGUACAAAAGUUCUUUUGUGGAACGGGAUACAAAAGAAGAAAGAGAGUUUGUAGCUAAACUUCAAAAUCAGCCUUUGCCAAAAUCCGUCAGUGAAUACAAGAAUCACCCGCUUUAUGCCUUGAAGAGGCAUCUCCUGAAGUAUGAGGCCAUAUAUCCCGAGACAGCUUCAAUUAUAGGAUAUUGCCGAGGGGAGGCUGUCUACUCCAGAGACUGUAUCCAUACGCUGCACUCCAAGGACACUUGGUUGAAACAAGCUCGAGUGGUGAGGAUUGGGGAAGUGCCUUAUAAGAUGGUGAUAGGUUAUUCCAACCAAGCAAGAAAAGCACGAAUGACAGAACCUGCAAAUCGGGACAAAAAGGAUUUGCCGUUGUUUGGUCUCUGGCAGACUGAGAAAUACCAGCCACCUCUGGCUGUGGAUGGAAGGGUUCCUCGGAAUGAGUUUGGGAAUGUCUAUCUCUUCCAACCCAGCAUGUUACCAAUAGGCUGUGUGCUGCUAAAGCUUCCUAACCUUCAUAGAGUGGCCCGUAAACUGGAUAUUGACUGCGUUCCAGCUGUUACAGGAUUUGAUUUUCAUGGUGGUUACUCUCAUCCCGUCACAGAAGGCUAUGUAAUCUGUGAAGAGUACAAAGAAGUGCUUGUUGCAGCCUGGGAGAACGAAGAGUCAGAAAGGGAGAAGAAGGAAAAAGAGAAGCGGGAGAAGAGAGUGCUGGGAAAUUGGAAACUGCUGGUGAAGGGACUUCUGAUCAAAGAGAGAUUAAAGAAGCGCUAUUCUACCAAGAAUGAGACAAGAGUCAUGGUGGAAGGGGAGUCUGGUUUCUCAACCGAUGAUGAUGAAGGACCAAAUUCAGAAACACCUGCUGAAGAUAUGACUGUUUCUUGGCCCCAAAAUCGGCAAGCUGAGGAACAGAGUGAAAAAGGAAAAACAACCAGAAAGAGCAAGAGAGAAAAGAAAGGAGAAGCAAAACAUUUGUUCCCGUUUGAGAAAUUGUGACAAGGAGAUUUGGGUUCUUUAGAUUCCUGUCUUAGCAUGAACAAGGAAGCACUUUUAUGUUCCUCCAACGCACAUUCAUACUGAACCUUUCCUGCCAGCAGGAAUAGCUAAAAACACUCAGGAAACCUCCAACCAGUUUUUCUAAUAUUGCAUUCCUAAGAUGUAUGGAGGACUUGGAUUUGAAGCAGGAAAAUUGGUCUGGACCCACUGCUGGAUGCCUACUAUACGUUUAUAUUGGCUAGUGGCACCUUAAAGAAUCUACUUUUCCUAGAUUCUUGAUAGUCACAUUUUCUUUUAAGGUGCUGCUGAUAGAGGUACAGCAAGAACACUGAUGUUGGAGCAAAGUACAAUGUCAGAUCUUAAUACCUUCAAAUAUAUUCCUUUUCUUGGGAAGCUUUGCCUCAUUUUGUUGCAAAGUUGUUAACAAACUAGGCGUAUGAGUUUCCGGGAAGAUUUAUGAAAGGAACAUGUAUGUGUACUCACACACAUAUUGCAGUAGUAAAUCUGGGCUUAAAUUGUAUUAUAUAUGUAAAAAAAAAUUCUAAUGGGAAUGAGGGAAUCUAUAGGAAAUGACUAUAGGUUUAACAGCUUCUAUUCAACUUUACAAAGGAAACCAAUGUGAAUAGUAGGCUAAUAAAUGGGUAUAGGAUAAUUGAGCAGAA